AUGUUCUUCUCUUUCUCAUUCAGUUUUUCUCCCAAAAAAGGCCAAACUACACUAAACUUUCCCUUCUUCUUUCAUUUUUUUGUGGCUCAUCACCUAGGAAACUCCAAUGGCAACGAGUCGGAAAAAGAAAGAACCCCGAAGCAUACAAACAAAAAAUUUCCAUUCUUUUCGAUUUUUUUUUUUGAAAAAAUGACCCGAAUUUUUUCUAUUUUUCUUCUUCUUCUUCUACUUUUCGAUGUGAAUGGGUAUACUGUUUCGGUGAAUUCCAAUCGGAAAUUUUUAUUCGGAGACGUUCUGGAACCAUUAUGCUCCAUUGAUACGAAUGGGGAAGUUCUGUCAAAAUCGGAUGUGGUUCAGCUAUUCCAUGCCUGGGAGAACCUCACGUCUUCUCAAAUUGCCACGUCAUCUAAAAUUUCAGACUACAGAAAAGCAAUGCCGUGUUUUCCAGGACCCUCCUUGGAAAUCCCAAUAUCCAAUGAAGAUUUACUUCCUCCAUAUCCAAACUGCCCAACUUUCGUAAACAUUUCAACGGCUACAAUUGAAGAAGUUGAAGAUUUGAUUCAGGAAAUUCAAAAGCAAAAAACUGUUCAACAAAUGGAUAUUUCACUAAAAUCUGUCGCAAAUUCUUUGAGCAAUCGUCUUCAAAAUCUAGUGGAUUUUUUGCCAGAAGGAGAGACAAAACGGAAAGUUGAGGUCUACCACUCCCAACUUCUCCAGAUGAGCACUCAUGAGCAGGAUAAUUCUACCACACCACCUAUUGCGGAGAACUACAAUACACCUCAAAGCUACAGUAACCCUCCGAGCUACAGUACUCCUUCAAGCUACAGUACCCCUUCAAGCUACAGUAACCCUUCAAAAUCCCGAAAAUUCUCGCCUCUCCAACUCUUAUCCUGCUUCAAUAUCUCUAUGGAUUCACUGGGUCUCCUCAAAUCUCUCUCCAGCCAAACCAUCGGCUCAAUCGGAUGCACCAAAUUCCAGAUUUGCUCAUUUUCAGAUUUGUCUGAAAAUUGGUGUCUUUCCCAUUUGAAUAUCACAGAAAAUCAAUACAAUUCAGUGAUUGGGGAAACUAUUGGAGAGGUUUUAAAAGAUAAUAUGAGCCCUGAAAAGCAGUUUGGAGCACUCUUUGGCGGAAUUUCGAGAUUCAGAAGGACGCCGGAACCGGAUUAUGAAGAAGUGACGCUGCCUGCAAAUUCAGAAGACGUCAGGAGAAUUAUGGAAAAAAGAGGAGAUAAAAUUGAAAAGAUUCUGGAAGGAAUAAGCGAAGAAGGAGAAAAGGAAGGUUCAGCAUAUCCAGAAGACGUCAGGAACUCAAAAUUCAGAGGAAACGAUGAUUCAGGAGACGUCACUGGUUCUGGAGCAGCUCCGGAAGAUGCAACGCUGUCAGGGAAUUUCAAAAACCUGGAAUUCGGAAGACUUAAAAAUUCAGAAGACGUCAUAUCUACGAAAAUCCUAAAAAAUCCAGAGAUCAACAGAAGAGGAGGUUCAGGAGACGUGACGCCGUCAGGAAAUUUCAAAAACCCGAAAUUCGACAAAAACAAUAAUUCAGAAGGUUCUGGAGAACUUUUAGAAGACGUAAAGCUGUCAGAAACCCUCAAAACUUCAAAAUCCAGAAGAAACGAGGAUUCAGAAGACGUCACUGAUUCUGGAGAAGUUGUAGAAGAAGUCACGCUGUCUGGAAAUUUGAGAAAAUUGGAUUUCAGAAAACUUGAAGAUUCAGAAGUCGUCACGGCUUCUGGAAAUUCCAAAAUUUCAAAUAACGACGAAGAGAAUGAUGUAAAAGUAUCUGAAGAAGCUUUAGAAGAUGUCACGCCAUCAGAAAACCUUAAAACUCCGAAAUCCAGAAGAAACGAUAAUUCAGAAGAUGUACCAGACUCUGGAGAGACUGCGGAAGACGUCACACCUUCAAGAAGUUCCAAAAAUCCGAAAAUCGAAAAGAGAGAAGAUUCAGAAGAAGUCGAUUUUUCCAGAAGCUCAGAAACCCCAAAAUUGAAAGGUAACGAUGAUUCAGAAGACGUCACUAGUUUACGAGAACCUCCAGAAGACGUCACGCCUUCAGAAACCCCAAAAACUACAAAUUCAAAGAAUUGUGGCACUUCUGGAAACCUUGUCACAGUCGAUGGAGUGACUAUUUUCAACUGCGAAGAUUCUGAAGACGUCACGAAUCCUUCGAUUCAAAAUCUUGAAAUUUCAAAAUUCCUUUCUGAAAUCAACGAAACCGUCCUGGAAGAUUCUUCAAAAAAUCAUUUCGAUGAAGCCCUCAAUUUCUUCAAAUCCCACGUCACGUUUUCUGAAUCCGAUGACGACGUCAUUCAGAAUCUCCUGAAUUCCACUCUAAACUCGACGAUUUUGGAAUACGGAGCAUCGUUUUUAAACGAAUCUUCCGAUCUGAGAAGGAUAAUUCUGGAUAUUCUUCCACAUUUGCCACAGGAAUUCACAGUUGGUCAAUUAUUGGAAAAGCUUGGAAUUCAGAAUUUGGCAUCGGUUCCAGAAAGUUUGAUCACAUUUUUGGGAUCUAUAAAGGAAACUUCUGGAAAUUCGAAUUCUUCAAAAUCUCCAGAAUUGGUGAAAAUUGUUCAAAAACUCUCUGCUUCGGAUUCCACUUCAAAAUCCGAAUUGGUCUCUGAUUUUUUGGAGAAAAAUCCAACGAUUUUGGCGAAUUUUGGGUUUUGA